AUGAAGCUUACGAGGGAUGUUGGAUCGGCUAAAAGAUUCUCCGUUAACGGCCUCGGGACUGGAUUGCCGCCCAACAAUGAAACAGCCACCGAUAAAGAAUUCGGUUUUCGUAUCUUUUUGCGGACGAUUUUGAAGGGAUUGAUAUUCUAAUCACGUUUGAAGGGGACUCGAUUUUUUUGUCGGAAAUGAUAACAGAAAAAAACGUCUAACCAGAUUAAGCUUGAGUCGACCGCAGCGCAGCCGCAAGAUCUGAAGCCAUUCCAAAUGCGGUUGAAUUACAAAUCGACAAGGAUCAUGUAUACUGAAACUUGAACAUUAAAAAUCGUUCGUAAGUCGUUUUUUCUUCAGAAAUCGCUCUGAAAAUGAGAAACCCUAUCUGCACUUUUACGCAGUGGAUACUUUUUAGUCCGUUCAGAUAUCGAAUAUCAAGUCGUCGCUUAAGCUCCGCCCCUACUGGUCUGGUAGACCUAUCAGAGGGCGAGCCAUCUACAGAGCGCUUUCGAAUGACGUCAUGGAUAUCGAAGUUCUAAUCAACUUACUAUAGAGCUAACCAGCACGGAAAAUCGUUUAAGACCUACAUCGAGAACUGAAAAAAAGCAGCAAACUUUGAUGAAAUUGAUAAAUGUUCCAAGUAAUGAAAAAGCGGGAACAUUUUAGUUAUCCUUCUAUUGUUUCUUCAUGUUUUAUUCAUUACUCUGCUUCUAAAGUCCUGCUAACCAACAAAAUUUUAUGAAUAUCAACUGAAACACGACCUUUUCACGUUGAAAUAAUUUAAAAGAUGAAAUGGAUUAAUUAAAUAAUCAACGCUUGUAAGACACGUGAAAGUCGACAAAAUAUCAUUUUAAAUUUGGCAAUCCUUCACUCAAUUUUUUUUUUCUUUUACGAGAUUAUUUUUCAUCACUCCUGAAAUAAGGAUCAAUCGAAAUUUCUCAACAAAUAAAUUUCAAUAAACCUCAAUUUAUAUUUGUGAAGACCCCGAAUUUUUCCGUUCCGUCUUCCCAAAUGCAAUUCAGCCCUAAAAAAAUAUUUUCAAACAUAAAAUUUGUGAACUUAUCUUUCCAAACAAAGUUUGAACAUAAAAACUGUGCAAAAACUUUUUUUGCACAUUUAAAAACAAAAAAUAGUCUUGAUCUGCGGUCCCUAAAGUGGCUACUUCCAAUCUUUACAGAUUCAUAAAGUAAUCAGCUGAAUAUAACAGUUAAAAUAAGAUAAAAAUGCUAAAAACCCCUCGAAAACACUUUGCACAAUCAUAAAUGAGGAGAGAAAAUUAGACUUGGGCCUGUUGAUCUCCCAACUUUCGAUCUAUCUACCUCCAUUCCCGCCCAAUCUUUUUCAUUCUUUUUUUUUGUUUUCAAUCGAUUUUUCUCCUUUUUUUCUUGAUUUUCACCAUUCCUUCAAUCAUACAUUGCUUGUUUAACCUGAAUUUAUGUUUCUAGACUGAAAACGGCGACAAUUUGCCCGGUAAUUUUUUGAAUCUCGACUUAUUUCGUCGAGUCUUAGGCUCUGGUUUUCAUUUUGCGACACUUUUUCGAACAGAUAUAAAUCUUAAAAAGGUUUUUCGAUCAAAACGCGAAUUUUUUUGAGCAUUAUUUAUCACGAUUUUCAUGUCUGUAAAUGUACACAAACCAUUUAUAACUUGCAGUACAGAAGGAUAACUUUUUUAUACAAGAAAAAAAAACGAAACCAACCACGAAUAAAACAAAAAAAAAAGUUCUCAGGAAUUUGUCCAAAACUGCAAUGUUACUGGAGCCAUGGAGAAUCUGAAUUCGAUUUUUCGGACAAAUUAAAACUUUUCCAAGAUCCUAAAUAACCAUUCCGAUGUGAAAAAUGUCCGGCAACACCUUUUUUUCAAAUAUUUAUAGGAAUCUCUUGAAUUUGAUAUAGCCGUUUUUCUUUUUUUUCUCUAUCGUCCUUUUUCUGAUCAAGUUUCACUAAAUCUUUUUUUCUUUCAGAGUAACUUGUUCUCCCAAACUCAUUGCUUUCGAUAAGCCAUCGAACCGAGCUAAAGCUCAAGCAAAAAAAAGUACGUUUUUUUUGCUAUCAAAUAAAACUUCUUCGAAACAAAUGAGAGAUCGAAUCGAAGCCCCUAAAAACAAAAUACAGCACUAUCAUGAUGAUUACCUAUAAAAUUAAAUAUUUCGAAACGUUUUGAAAAAAAUUGAAACGGAAAGUUUAGGAGAAUUUUUGCUUUUUACUAUGGAAAAAAAUUUACGAUGAAAAAUUUUAUUUAUUUAUUUGAAAAACUAAUUUUUUUUUUUUCACAUAAAAUGUUUAAGGCACGUCCGAAAUGGACCAGCACACAGGCCAAGGCCAACAAAAUGAAAGAAGAAGACGAACUUCUCCGUCUUCCGAGAGCAGCCUCCGAGGCGAGGUUAGUUCCGAUCCGGUUGCGAUUUUCAGCUUUCAAAACAACUUUCAGCCUUAAAAAAUCAAGAUUUUGAGAGAAAAGUCGCAGAUAUCACUUUUUUUUUCAAAUUCGAGAGUUUUGGAAUUUUUCUCAAAUACUCUCUGGUCCAUUAGAGAGAAACUUCUGAAAUUUUCAAGAGACCAUUUGGGAAGCAACAACUCAGUUACUGUAUAGGCCAUUCCGCGCCAGCUUGUCACGUUUUUCUUUCCGCCAAAAGGCCAGGUCAAAUUUAACCAACUUCGCUUCAAGACCUUUGUUUCUUGCCGUUAUAAAAGCAGAAAUUUGAUCUAAUUUGGUAUACUUUCUUUUUGGCGGAAAGAAAAACGUGACAAGCUGGCGCGGAAUAGGCUAUAACCAGAGUCUAUAAAUUCUCAGAAAGCUCGAAGAGCCUUCCCAUAUCAUCAAAUUGAAAAGUUCAAAUUGCAAAAACGAAAAUUUUUCUGUUACAGGACACUUUCAAGCUCCCCCUCCGGGACGACCAGGCCGCUGAAGUAAGUUGAAAAGAAAUCAACACUUCUAGAUAUUUGAUAUUUUUGUCCUAAGAGACGUUUUGCUACCAUCUUUAGAACAAUAGGCAUGAAUUUGGAAAAAAAAAGAAAAAAACUUCAAAAAAAUUGGGUGGUAUGAAAAAAAACCAGCGAAAAUUCAAACGGCGACUUUUCCGAUUUUUUCGUAUCGCUAGGGAACUUUCCGACGAAUCUUUUUCCGACUUUUUUUCUCCAUAAACUCUUCGUUUUGAAUCUUCCUAUAUAAAAAUAAGUAGUUGGAUUAAAAACACAGAGAAAUAGAUUGUUAAUAGAUGUUUUAUAAACAGAAAUAUACGGGAAAAAAAGUCGGCGGAAAGGUGGCCGUCGGAAAGUUCCCUAGCGAUACGAAAAAAAUCGGAAAAAGUCGCCUUUCGAAUUUUGGCUGGUCUUUUUCAUACCAUUAAAAAUUGACCAUCUGAUUAAUCUAAAAAAGGCUUAAAUUCAAUGAAAAAAAGAAACUAUUGCAAUAUUUCUUUCAAUAACCUCUCUUACCUGGCUACAUUACAGCUGGCCGAGUUUCUGAAAAGAAACCGAGAGCUUGCUGGCACAGCGAGGAACUGCUACGAGGUCACAGUGAGGACCGACCAAUUCGGAGCCACUGUAAGUCUUUUUGGUUCGCUCGAUUCUUUUUGAUGGGUAAAAAGGCUAAACGGCUCUUUUUGAAAAAAACGUUCUUCAACGCAAUUUGCCUCAGCCUAAACGUUUCAGAAAUUUUUCAGAAUUUCUCAAUCUGUUCAGAAAAAAGGAGGCUUUAUUAUAAAUUUUCGUCUUAUCAGGCUACGUAGACCGAAAAACUCGUUCUAAACGUUAUUUGAGGGCUAAUUUCGAUAAAAUCGAUCGUAUUUUCAAAAUCUCAACAAAGCUUACCAUGAUACAAUGGACUUCGUAAGCACGAGGAAAUUUUUCUUUUAUAGGUCUUCGAAAUGACAUUGGUCCCCACCGGCAACAACUUGGAGGUUCGUUCAUCUGAUUCAUUUAAAAUUAAAAUGUUUACCCAAGGACCAAUAUAGUUUCAAUAAGAACGUCUCGAAGUAAGAAAGCGUUUGAAAGUAUAAUAGAAUAUGAUAGGAUACAAUUGAAUUUGAUAGCAAAGAAAACUUUUGCAAUUUUACAAAAAAGACGAUAGUAAUAAAGGAAAAUCGAAAUGAGAAAAAAAACUCACGUUUACAGACUGCCAUGGUCGCUGCGGGAGAAGAUGCAGUGGAGCGCCGAAGAGACGAAGUCGAAUCGGACAGCUUCCAACUCCCUGCAGACGAUCCCAUCGUCUUGAGCUCUCCUUUGGUUCGUUCUAUCUAAUAACUCCUAAAGGUCUUCCAUAGAAAAAAAACAAUUAAAUGAGAAAAAACUUCAAUAAUUUUGUUGAAACCUCUUCGAUUGUUUUUUUUAUAAGUUACGAGUUUUAGAGGAAUCAUUUUUUUAAAUCUCAAAGUUUUCAAAAAAAUCAACCAAUCCUUAUGAUUUUAUUACCAUUCAGAAGAAAAAAAGUUUAUGUAUUCCUGUAGAAUUUAAUAAAAAGCUUUUUUUUCCAGAAAAAAAUAACGAACUUUUUGAAAUUUGAGGACUUCUGAAAAUUUGAAAAAAAUUGCAAAAAAAGAUUUCAGUGGACAAACUGUUAAAAAAAAACCAGGAAUUUGUAGAAUGCCCCAACGGGAUCGAAUUUUGCCAGCGGAAUCAAGUACCGCAAAAGAAAGCAAGGCGAAAGUCCAUCCGUGCCGCCAACAAAGGUUAUUUUGAAAAAUUUGACAACUGAUUAUCUAGAGAACACCUUUACAUUAACUUGAUAACCAUAGAAACUUCAAACACAAGAUCUUGAAUUGAGCCAAUUUUUGAACUAUUUUUUUGUAUUAAUUUAAAAAAAAGUGAACAUUGUGGCUUUUUAUUGAUCCUCAAAUCGGAAACUGUAAACUUUUCGCAGCCUUCGGAUUAUAGGACAAUGAAAAGAAAAAGAAAAAUAAAAGUGAUAUUCAGAAGUUCUUGGCUGGACCAGCACAAUGGGCGGCUGCAAAGAGACCGUCAGAAUCCGGCGAGGAAUCGGGGCCAGCUCCGAAACGGACAGCGGAAGAUCCCGUCAAUGUAAGUUUUUUUUUCUUUUAGAAACUUGAAUUUUCUAAUAAAAAAUCAAAGCACCGUUCUAUUAUGUGUUAACUCGAAAUGAGAUCUACUAACUCCAAGGCAUGGGAACGGGAUAUCAUCUCAGACUACAAAAACGCUCAUUUCGUUUCACUAGAAAACUCGUUAUGCCUUAAAAAUAGUGUGUCCUUUUGAUCUUAUGAUAAGUGGAUAACGGAAACCAGUGCCUUGAAUUUGAAAACGCGAAGACGAGAAUAAAGUUCACAAUGGAUUCAAAAAAGAGAAAAAACAAUCACGGCCUUUUUUACGACGUCUAGCCCCCAAUUUUCGUAAUAUAUGACGUGGUUGGUGCAUACACAGAACGGCGCUAACUUGCAUACUCCAAUGAAUCGAAAAAAACAUUUUUUUGUACAAAAAAAGUGAUAAAAUAGAAAUUUUUUUGAGAACUACAGACUGGGAUUAUUCUACCACAUUUCUAUUUUCUAGUUAACUUCACGACAAAAAUAAGUUGGGUUAAAAAAAUGUUUCUCAAUUUUUUUGAAAAAAAUGUUCUUUUUUUAUUUGCAUUAUUAAUUAAUUAUGAAGCACUUUCUGUAUGUAAAACAAUGGAAUGAGAAUUUGAUGAACGGUAAAGAAAAAAAGUCCUAAAAUAUCAACUUCACAAAAGAGUAAAACAACCAAAACUUGUCAAAUGUUAAUAAUAAGAUUGGAACUUGAUAAAAUAAUUAAUGCCGUGUUCAAAGUAAUUUCCGCGAAAUGCGAAAUACCCGUUAGAGAAAAGAAAAGAUCACUAAAUUUUGGAGAGUCAGAGAUCAUUUUGCAUUUCGCGGAAAUUACUUUGAACACGGCAUAAAAAAAGGCCAUAUAAAAAAGUCGUGUUUGAAUUUUCGCGGGGCGGCCGAACAUCUAUGCCGUGUUCAAAGUAAUUUCCGCGAAAUGCAAAAUGCUCUCUGACCCUCCAAAAUUUAGUUAUCUUUCUCUUUCUCUGACGGCUAUUUUGAAUUUCGCGGAAUCACUUUGAACACGGCACUAAGUUGGAAUGGUUCUCACUGGAGCAACAUGCUUUCGCUUUCCAAAAUUUUACAUUUUCUUUCACUACGCAGAACGCCUCGAAUGAAAAAGCUUUAAAAAAAAGCCAAAAAAAAUAGCUUACAUGGCCUGUGAGAAACUUUGACGCAAAAAAAACCGUGUCACAAUUGUGCCACAAAAGUACAAAUUCCGAAAAGUCCAGAUAUUGGACAUAGACACGGAAAUCUGCGGUCAAUGCACACGCUCACGUGCAAAAAUAAAAAUCAUUUUCUUGAAAUAAAUUCGAAGAAAAAUCAUGUAUGGAGUUAGAAUAAUUGGUCCGUGGCGGAAAAGGACAAAAUUUGCUGAUCAGUUUCUGAUUUCUCAAUGAGAAUUAUUCAGUCAAACGUUCGGUUGGGUGGAGAAACUCGGGGUGAUCAAGACGGUGAUCAUCCGGAAGAUCAUGCAGACCGCGGUGAGAUCACAGAUGAAAGCUCACCAUCGCCGGUAAUUUUUUUUACAGCAAGUCAAAUUAUUUUCAUUCCCCUCAUCUAAGGAGAACAUGCUAUAUUUACUUCAAAUACUCAGUCAGAAUCCUCUGAAGCUUCCUGAACCUUCCAUUUUCUCCGAUUUUUUCAAGAUUUCUCAUUAUACUCAAACUGUAGAUUAGAUAACUUUGAAGAUACCGAAUAUUUCUCUAAGACGUUUUACCUUUUCGCUGUUUCCCCUGAUUAAAUGUUCAUUAUAGUAGGACUCAAGCUUUUCAAAUAAGAUAACCUCACCCGAAUUGUGAAAUAUUUUGAAAACAGAACACCUUAAAGAAUGAAGGAAGAAAAAACAAGAUAAAUUUUUCCGAAUUGCAAUAAACAGUGACUUCAGGAAAUAUAUUGCCUAUUUUUUUAUUAUUGAAAAAACUGUUUUUUUAGCUGUUCUACUCCGGGGUGGAAGAUGAGGUCGACUGGGAGUUGGAGGCUAUGUUUCCCUCGGUGUUCUCGGUAAGUCUUCUGAAUUCAUUUUUUCUUCAAUUUCACUGAAACCGUAAAUGUUUAGUGAAAAUUUCCGAGAGGAUAAACUUUACUGAUUCAGUAAAACCAACACUAUUAGUUUGAAAACGGAAAAAAGUUGCUCUUGAGAUUCAUAAAGCGCUUAAUUUUGAAAUCUUUCGAAUUCCGAAAUUUUUGAUGGUUCAAAGUCUUUUUUUUUUGGUCGAGAUUUGAUGGUAGGAAGAAGUUUUGGUUCCGCGAAUGUUCAUGGGUGUGAAUUUCCGAUUUCUUUUUCACUUCUCAUUUGUCUCUAUCGAGUUUGAAGUUUUUUUCGCUUGGAAGUUCAAAUAAUAUCAAAAAAAGGUCUUCGAAUAUUUUCAAAGUAUAGUCGGGAUCUGUAAAAAUAGGAAAUUCUUGCGUGGCACAAGUAUUGAAAAGACCGGAAAGUUAUUAAUUGUUAUGCGAUUUUUCUCUGUUAUAAAUAUCCGCUGCCAGCGUGAUUUCUGUAAGAAACUAGUAUCAAUAGAGAUUUCUGAGCUAAUCACAGAAAUAAAAUCAGAAAUAGAAAAAAAGCUUAACAAUCUGAGCUGAUCUCAGAAAUAGACCGCCGGUAGACCGGCAUACAAAAAAAUGGACCUAGACAGAGUUUUCAGAUAAGAUAUAUAAGAAAAAAAAAGUCAGGAAAAAAUAGGAGAGAUUUAGCAAAAACAACUCUAUUUGUUUUCAAUGAAUUGGUUAAGGAGGCAGAAGAAGACGAAAGCGACGAGAUCGUUCCGGAAACGGACGAUCAGCAGCAAGGCGAAGACGUCGGGCCGCCACAAGUGAGACUUUUUUUUUUGGUAUCUCGAGAACUGAACUGAAAAUGCAUUAUCAGAUAAAAAAUGAUUUGAAAAAAAAUCAUACGUGUUUAUUUUUGCUCGCAAUAAACUCCUCGCAAUAAAACAUCAAACGAAAAAGUCAGGGAAAAAAAAUUAAUCAAAAGUUGGGUUAGACUUCGUUUUUGCGACUUGAAUGGGCGGGACUUCUCUGCGCCUCCUCGUCUCUCGGCGACCCUCUCAAGUUUACGUGCUAUUUCCAUGUUUCUCUGCCCUCACCGGGGAGGGAACAGAGAGACGAAGACACUCGAAAACUGUCAAGAUGAUGGACUAUACUGUUCCCAAGAAUCGUUUUCCAAGAUUGAAAUUUUUCAAAAAUUCGAGCCCCCAAGAUUUCUGUAUGCACAAUUCACGCUCACGAAUCUUCGUGGACCUAAUAUUCCUACCUACCAUCCAAAACUUGGAUAGAUUUUCGGACUUACUAGUUAGGCAAACUUUCUCGACUUGCAGAGUCUCCGUAAAUUGAUUAUUUUUUUUCAGAUAUAUAUAUUGGUUUAGGAACCAUCGUCGAACGCCGAUGAGAGCCAGAUUUCUCCGAGCCCAGUACGUUUUUCGAUCUUUUUUUCAUUUUUUAUUUUUCUUCAUAAAAAAAGAGAAAAAAUCAAGAAUGAAUUAAUAUUUCCAAGAAUCGUUCUCCAAGACUCAAAUAUUUAGAGAUUCGAGCCCCCUUGAAAUCUGAGUCUUUAAGCGUGAUUAAAUAUUCAGUAUAAUCAAGCUUUUCAAAUAAGAUAACCUCACCCGAAUUGGAAAUACUUUGAAAGUAGAAGACAUGAAAAAUGAUAGAAAUAAACAAAUAAAUUUCCUUAUUACAAAAAACAGUGACUUCAGCAAAUCUACUUUCUAUUUUUUUAUUAUUGAAAAAAAAACUGUUUUAGCUGUUCUACUCCGGGGUGGAAGAUGAGGUCGACUGGGAGUUGGAGGCUAUGUUUCCCUCAGUGUUCUCGGUAAGUCUUCUGAAUUCAUUUUUUCUUCAAUUUCACUGAAACCGUAAAUGUUUAGUGAAAAUUUCUGAGAGGAUAAACUUUACUGAUUCAGUAAAACCAACACUAUUAGUUUGAAAACGGAAAAAAGUUGCUCUUGAGAUUCAUGAACCGCUUAAUUUUGAAAUCUUUCGAAUUCCGAAAUUUUUGAUGGUUCAAUUUAGUCAAUUUUUCCCGACUUGAAAGGGGAGGGAGGCGGGGCAAGGGGCGGGACGCGUAGCUUGUGCGUACGCGGUUCUUGGCACGAGAUCAAUUCAAUCGCCGCCGAGUAUUUAAAAAGCUCGGCAACCGCACUUUUUCUGUAUUUUCUACUAAUUUUUUUGAUGCACAAAUUAACAUAAUCAAUAAAUAAUUACAAAAAGAAGUGAAAAAGAGCGAUAAAUUAGCUCUCUAAAUGCUCGCUGGCGGUUGAAUUGAACUCGUGCCAAGAACCGCGUACGCACACGCUACGCGUCCCGCCCCUUGCCCCGCCUCCCUCGUCUUUCAAGUCGGGAUACAUUGACUAUAUCUUUUUUUUUUGGUCGAGUUUUGAUGACAGGAAGAAGUUUUGGGUCCGCGAAUAGUCAUGAGCGUGAAUUUCCGAUUUUUUUUUCACUUCUCAUUUGUCUCCACUGAGUUCGAAGUUUUUUUGCUUGGAAGUUCAAAAAAAUAUCAAAAAAAGGUUUUCGAAUAUUUUCAAAGUAUGACAGGGAAAAAAAUCUGAAAAAGAACUUUAAAUUCUCGCCUUUUUGCCAAAUUCUUGCCAUAUUAUAUGAGAAAAAUUCAAAAAGAAAAAGAUUAUCGAGAAAAAAAUUUCUGUGCGAUGUGAAGAUUUUGAUGUAUGAAAAAUAGUUCAGACUAAGCUUGGAAAUAAUAUAAGCUUUUAUAAGUGGUUAAAAAUCUUUUGGAACUGGUUUUAAACAAAAUAAUGUGGAAAUUGAAGGACGAGGAAAUGGUGGUUGACUGGUCCGAAGAUCCAGUCCAGGGCCGUGAUGGCGACGAAGCCCAACCGGCCGUUCCGGCAGCCGCCGUAGGAGGACCGCCACCUUCACCACCAGCACCUCCGGCGGCUGCUCCGGCGGGUCCCGCUCAAGCUGGAGCCCUUCCGCCAGCGGCAGCUCCAGCUCCAGGACCAGUGCGCCUUCGUCAGCCACGCCAGGUAAUAAUUUUCUUACUUUAUCUGGCAAUCUUCAAAUCAUUCAUUAGAAUUCCUAUCUUUUUUCUUUCAAAUGACCAGGGAGAAGAUGCGGAAAAAACUGCUUUUUUUCUGGUAACACUAAAAUAUUCAAUUGAAUAAAGUAUCACUGGUAUUACUCUUCUAUAACUUCAAAAAAAUAAACUUCAUUCUUUUUAGCUUUUUUUAAAAAAAUAAUUCUAGUGAGAAUCUUGUUAAAAAAACAUUCCUGACCUCAAAAUUUCAAGCUUCGUGAUUGACGAAAAAUUUAGAAAAGCCUCGAGAAAAAAACCGAUAAAAAAAGUUAAAUUUUUUUAUAGCAUAAAUUUUUUUAUUUUAUAAAAAAAUUUUUAUAGCGUCUCAAAUUUCGGAAAAAAACAGGUUUUGGGCUUAUCCACCCCGAAAAAAGGAGUUGGGUUGGGAUUUCGAAGAGCUCAAAAGGGAAUUUUUUUUUCUUAAGUUAGAGCAAAAAAAAACAAUUUUAGCGCCGCGCCCGCAUUUUCGGGCCAGCUCAGCGCGCCUCGGGACGCCUUCGCCAGGUCCCUGUUGCGCCGAGAGCCCACACGAUGCUGCCGGACCUCGAGAGGAAGUCGCCGGCCGAGUUGCUCGCCGAAAUACGGCAAGAGCUGCGCCGGCGAGCCUCUCAGGAAAUGGAAGAGGACGAGCUCAACCUGACGACGCGGCUCGGAGCGGCCAUCACAACGCUCAAGGGCUUCGUCGCCGGCUCGUUCACGGCCGCCCAGAUGCAGAAGUUGCGAAGGAAAAUCGCACACGCAUUCUGA